UGAAGAAGGAACAAAACAACCAACGAUAUUCGUGUCAGAAUCUUUUAAAAAGAACCAAGUCUUGCGUUUAUUCGAACAAAUAUGAACUGUUCUUCAAUGACGGAACUGAAUAUGCUGAUACCAGAAGAGACCUGCGAGGUGCCUUUUCAGACACUGAAGAUUACCUUGAUCAUGAUUUUGUUUCUGCAAAUCGUUGUUCAAGUAGAACAUCGUCCAUAAGCUCAUGGUCUGAGAACAUUAGGCCUUCAUUCACUAAAAAGAUAAAAUUCCAGUCUGUGCUUGAAGGGGAGUCUGUAGCUUUUCGCUGUAAACUCAUUGCCUGUCCAACCCCCAAAAUCUCAUGGUUUCAUAACAACAGACCAAUUCCAAGGGAGCACCGCCGUGUAGUUAAAACAGAAAGCACAAUGCAUAUCCAUACUUCCAAUUUAGAAAUUAACAAUGUGCAGGAAAGAGAUUCAGGGAGCUACAGAGUAUUUGCAAUUAACAGUGAAGGAUCAGCAGAGUCCACUGCUUCAUUACUGGUAGCACUGAAGGAGGAGCAAAAUGCCAAUUAUUUAAGUUUUGUUAAGAGGUCAGAGAAGACACAUGAAAGAAUAGAUUCAUUAGUGGAGAAAAGAAGAGAAAUAAAGUUUAAGAUAGACCUUAGAUGUGUAGGGUCUCCAUUUGAUAAGAAAUACAUUGCUAAAGGAUCAUCUAGGGGGGCAUCUCCAAAGCAUGGUUUGAUGCGUACCAUGUAUUUUAGAAGUUCAUCUCCAACAAAAAAACAGGACUGGCAGUUAAGUGAAGCUGCUUCCGACAGAAGUUCUCCUCAUUUGUCAGAGAAACUUAGUGACACUGAAAGUCUGCUUGAUGAAGAUGUUAAAGUAAAACUCCAUCUUUUAAAAAGAGCUGUCAAAGAGAGGAAGAGGCUGUCUCUUUCCUCAAGGUCAUCAUCUGAAUUUGAUCUUGAAUCGGUUGGAAGUGAGUCAAGCCAUACAGACUAUUUUGAACGACUAAGACUCAAGCCUGUCUCCUUGCCUGACCUACAACAUUAUGUCCGAACACCAGAUCAGGGUGAAUCAUUAAUUAGUAAGAGUACAGCAGACAUUCAUGGUAGGAUGGAAAGAAUUAUAGGCCUUGCUCCAGAUGUUAAAGAAUCACCACAACCAAGUGAAGAAACAUCAUUCAAAGAAUCUAAGGCAAUAAAGACAUUGAAAGAAAAGUUUCUAAAUGAGGGUGACUCAGAAGACCAUAAUCACACACAAAAAAAUGAACAGAUAGAGCGAGAUAUUUCUCAAGGAAUCAUCUAUGAGGAGACUACUCUAAGGAAUUUAGCAGUUAGUAAAGACCAAUCUUUUCAACUUAACAUAAGGCAAUGGCAAGAAGAUAUGCUGUCAUCCCAGGAAGAGGCUGAACUGGUGCCAGAUUUAAAUAAAACUGAAAAUACAACAAACAUGACUGAAGCAGAUUUGGCUGCAGAGAAGAAUGUUGCCAUAUAUGCCAGCGAACUAUCACCUGCAUAUGAGAGUGCUUCAGAAAACCAUGAUAAAACAGAAAAAAAUGAAUGGAUAGAAGAAAAUGUUUCUCAAGAAGUCAUCUGUAAGGAGCCUGCUCAAAGGAAAUUAGCCAAGAGUAAAGAUCAAUCUUUUACACUGAGCAUAAAACAAUGUCAAGAAGAUAUGCCGGCAUCCCAAGAAGAGGCUGAAUUGGUGUCAGAUUUAAAUGAAACUGAAAAUACAACAAACAUAAUUGAAGCAGGACUGGCUACAGAAAAGGAGCCUUCCAUAAAUGUUACUGGACUAUCACCUGCAUAUCUGAAAAAUGAACUUGAGUUACAUUCAAACAAAACAAUGGGAACUGCUAUGAUUCCAAGUAAAACAGGAAAAGAAGCUAAUUAUUUUAUGAGAAAAUGGCAACCUUUUUCUCCUUUUUUUGAAAAAGAAAUUUCACAUUUGGAAGUUACAGAAGGUGAGAUGUGCACAUUAGAAUGUCAUUUCCAAGGCCAUCCUCAGCCAACAGUGACUUGGUAUAAAGAUGAGCGACCUAUUCCACAACAUGUGGAUUAUGAUAUAAAUACCACAGAAACUCAAUCUAAAUUGACAAUCUGUUAUCCUACCAGUGAGCACCAGGGUGUGUAUACCUGUGUCAUAUUUAACCAGUAUGGAACAGCCACAAGUUCAGCUACUCUUAAGAUUGUAAAGGAUUAUGUAAACAAGAAGCAGCCAAUGGUUACAUGUGAAUUUAAAGUAACUGAAGAAGCUGAGAUGACUGAAGAACAACUUGACAGAAUGAUAGAAGAUGAACUAAAGUCAUAUGUAGAUACAAAUGAUGAAUUUAAGUCCACUUUACAGGUCCCUCAAGUGGUUUUGUCAAGGCCAAGACCUUCAGACACAUCUCUGUUUUCAUCUCCUGUUGAGAUUAUGAUUACUGCCCCUACACCAAUCCCAGAACAAAAUGAGGAUGCAAAAGAUUUAAGAGAACCUUCUGAUAAAACUUCAGAUGUCUCAGCAAAAGACAACCAAUCACAAACCACUAAACACAAGUUUACAUUUUCCUUUGAUGUUGUCACUGAGCCCCCACAGGUUAUAAGUGAUCUAGAAAGUAUACAGUGUAGAGAGGGUGACACUAUAAUGCUUGAGUGUCUUUUAUCAGGAGACCCAGCUCCAGUUGUGACAUGGCUUCACAAUGACAGAAGUUUGAGUACUGCUCGUAGCAAAUACAAAUUUGAAGAACAUGAGAAAAUCUACAGAAUGUAUAUUGAUGACGUAUCGCAGUUGGAUGCAGGAACAUACAAGUGUAUUGCUAAGAACAAACUGGGAAAAGCUGAAAGCAUAUCUAAUGUUACUGUGGAACCUUCUCUUUGCCAGUGGAAUGAAGAAACAGAAAUGAGUGCACAGCAAUAUAAAACUUUAUAUGAUAGACUUGCAGGUGACAAUGAAGUUAGGAAAACAAAAAGUUUAAUUGCUGAGGGACCAGAAACACUUGGAAUUCCAAAAUUCGAAAAUGACCAGCCAACGGUGGAGGAGGGACAUCAUGAAUUUCUAUUUAUUCCUGUAACCAACUCAAAAAGUUGGAGGAUGCCAGCUGUGGAGAGUUAUCACAUGGAUCACAAAAAUUCUGCUUUCUUAAAAAAGCAAACAGAGGAUGUACGUUGUUCUGAAAAAACUGCUGAGCUACCCUUUGUCUCUGUUGUUGACACGAAAAAGUUUACACAGACUGAUACAACAGAAGCCACCAAUCCACAAUCAGAAAAUGUUGCAAAAAGGAGACACUUUAGAGAACAGGCUUCCAGAGAUAUGCCUGAAUUAAGUGGUUGUGGUUUGACAUCAUGUGGAACAGUAACUAGAGUUUCAAAAAUAAAGCAGAUGUUUGAGUCUCCUAUCCAACAACACUCAGCAGACACAAGAAAGGAAUGUCUUGACCUAUACUUUCCAGAAGAGCAAGCUCCAAAUAGUGUACUGGGCAAAGUAAGGGAUCUUGAACGUGGUAGAAGAAAAGAUGUAUCUAAACAUCAAGAAGUGCCGUCACAAAGCCUCAUUCAGCAGAGAAAAGAAGAAAUUGCAGCAGAAACAAAAAAAGUCAGUUUAUCAGAUGAACCUCUUGAACUUUUCUCACAUGACUUUACAUCCUCUUUUACAGACUCUGGAGAGCAAAGAUUUGCAAAACUUGUUCCAGUCCAACCUGUUCCACAUAGAUUUAGCCAUCCCCUAAAAGAAAUAGUCACAGUUAAUCAAAAGGAAGCAAAUGUAUUGGUGCUCCCGAAAGAACAUAAGCUUGAAGCUGAAUGUUUUAUCCAUAAUUUAAGAUCAAUGGUUCCACCUGAGACAAAAGAUGUGAUUGCCUCAGUUUCGUCAGUUCCAUCAGAAACCAAAGAUGUGUUUUCAUCAGACUCUGCAAAAACAUCUGCUCCAAUAAGCUUUAUACAGCAAUCAAGAGACGCCUCUACUGAAAGAACAGACACUGUUGAAAGCCAUUUCAUUUCACUUGCACAUUUAAAUGAAUUUGAAACCAUUAGCAAGGACUAUGAAAUACCCAAGCUAGUCAAACCAGAAGCAAUAUUGCCUGUUAUGUGUCAAAAAGAAAUUAUUCCUAAAAAUCAAGAUAAACCUAUUAAAAGAAACAUAUUAAAGCUACCAAAUGAAGAUGAAUUUGAAAGAAAGAUAGAUGGCACAAGUUGGAAAUCUGAUAUCAACUUCGUUCCCCUAGAAAGGUCCCCUACACUUAGCUAUGAACAUCAGCUAAAGCAUGUAGAGACCAAUACAGCAGGAGAUGGAAAAAUGGAAGAAGAGCAACAUCAGCCGCCAGUACUGGAGGUUGUGCCUCAAAUUCCAGUAUUCUCCAGUGUUUAUUCAGAAUCUUCAAAGGAGGAUGUGGUAAAAUCCAAACAAAAUUUAAUAUCACUUACUGCUCCAGAAUUACUUGGAAUGGAAACAGAUUUCUGUUCUUUAAGUGACUACUUUCAUUCUUUCACUGAUGGCACAAAUCAGAAAAUAAUGCCAGAAAAUGAACAGUCAGAAAAGUCAGAUCUUUCCAAAACCACUGAAUUAAAAAACAAAGGUGAAGCACAGAGUGGUGUAAAAGAAGUUGUAGAAGAAUAUAAAUGUCAAGAACCUAAAAAUAAAAUACAAAGCAUGGAAGAACCCUUAAAACAUGAAGCAGUUUCUUUAAAGAUGUCAAAACCAAUUUGUGAAACUCCUAAAGUACAUGAAGAUAAUACCUUCUCAUUAACUGAUUAUCUGAUAUCAGUAGCACAGCAAGAAAAAUCUGUUACUAAAACAGAUAAUGCAAAAGAAAAGGUAUAUCAUGAGCCUGGUGUAAGCUCACUUGAAGAGGAAGAAGUAACAUUUAAAGCUGUUUAUGACUACUAUAAUCAACAACCUGAGUGGAUUCGAUCUUUGUCUCCAGAAUCUGAAAUGUCAAUUGAAAUGAGCAGUACCUGCAGUGAUGAAAUUGCAGAGCUUGAAAAGUUUUAUACACCCCCAUCAUCAGCUGAAAAUUCUCAGCUUCAAAAGUCACCAGAUUCUUUUCAUACUCCAUGCGGAACUCCAGAAGGUUAUGUCACUCCUCCCCAGUGCAGUUUCUCCGCUAUUGAGAGCAAUAGACCCUCCAAUGGUACUGUGCUUGACAGACUCUUUUCUCCUCCCAAAAUCUUCAGAUCUCCUGAAGAUGAAGGCAUUGAAACAACACCACUCACUUUCAGCUUAGAGGAAGGAAGUUCCACAACAGAAGGACGUAGUUCAGGAGCUUUUGGAACACUUCAGGAUAUGGAGCCAAAACCCCAGGGAAUUCCACCAGCUUUCAUUAAACCAAUAACAAAAAAAAGUGUUUUUGAAACAGAAGCUUUAGUAUUUUGUGCUGAAUUAACUGGAAUACCAUCCCCAGAGGUAAAAUGGUACCAAAAUAAAAUUCAGCUAAAAACAGAUCACAGGACAAAAAUGGAAAGAGAUGGGGAUGUUUGUACAUUGGAAAUUCAAAGCGUGAGCAAGGCAGAUGAAGGAGAGUAUAUAUGCAAUGCAGUUAAUGGUUUUGGGGAAGCAAAAAGCAUCACUCAAGUUGAAGUUAUAUCACUGGAGGCCAAAUUAAUGCCAACUUCUCCUGCAGUUACUCAUCAGCAUGUAAUAGAAUUUGAUGUAGAAGAUGAUGCAACAUCACGGUCACCCUCACCACAGGAAAUUCUAUUGGAAGUGGAACUUGAUGAGAAUGAAGUUAAGGAAUUUGAGAAACAAGUGAAAAUAAUAACCAUCCCAGAAUACACUCCAGACAACAAAAGCAUGAUUAUCUCUCUUGAUGUUCUUCCUUGCCUAUUUGAUGAAAACACAGUAGACUUUAUAACACAGGAGAGUGAUGAACUAAAAAUUGCUUUUGAAGUGACGGAAAUGCCCCCUCGGUUUAUAAACCCCAUUUUUGACAUGGAGACCCCAGAAAACACAGAUGCAGUAUUUGAGUGUUCUGUUACAGGGAUGCCAGCUCCCACUGUUGCGUGGUUUAAAGAUAGUGUUAGAAUUCCCCAAGGUGACAGAAAAUACAUUUUUUCCUCAGAGAACAAUAGUCAUUAUCUUAAGAUAAAAAAUGUUUGUUGUUAUGACAGUGGCAUAUAUUCAUGCCAGGCAGUAAACCAAGUAGGUGAAACAAUAUGUAGGGCUUCCCUUGUUGUUUUAGAUACACAUACAUAUUUUGGUAAAGCAAGAGGAAAAGAAAUAACUGCCAUAUCAUUGGGCAGUGCCAAAGAGCAACCUCAGAAAUUUGACUUGCUAGUGGGAAAUUCAAUGGUGCAAGGAGAUCAGACCUCUGAAAUCGAACUGGAAUUUGAAUUUGAGCAUGAAACUGAUGAAUCCCAAAAAGCCUUGAGACUUGUAGCUGUGACAGACCAUGAGCAUAAGGAACAGGGGGAAAAAUGUGUCAAUAUUAAUUUUGAUGUUUUUGCUGAAUCUUCCAAAGAAGACAUGAUAGAAUUUAAAGCUAAGGAAUCAGACACUUGUAGUUUUCAGUUUCAAGUUACUGAAUCUCCUCCAAAAUGUUUGGUUCCACUUAAAAGUAUAACUGCUGCUCUAGGGACUUCAGUGGUGCUUCAGUGCUUAGUUACUGGUACCCCAAGACCUACCGCAGAGUGGUACAAAGAUGGAAAAGCUAUUAAAAAAGACAGGUACAUAAUUCAGGAAAAAGCUUCUGGAAGCUUUAAUUUAAUUAUUAUGAAUGUAAACAAAGCUGAUGCUGGUGAGUUCAAGUGUAUUGUUCGAAACACAGCAGGUUCCACUGAAACUGUUUGUUUGUUGAAAGUGUUUUAAAGCACAUGAAAAACAAAUUAUUUCAAACAAUAUUAAAUUACGCUGUCUAAAUGAAAUGGACACAUUGAAGCUGAUGGCCAUUUUUGCAUUUUGUUAGUUUUUGUGGCAAAUUAGCCUAUGCAUUUUCUUCUUUUAUUUAAGAUUAAAAGAGAUUAAGAGGAUAUAUUAAAAAUAAUUUAAUGUAGGAAAUAAAAAACUCAACACAAGAAGCAGAGUCUUGUGAAAUUGGUUGGUUAAAGGCAUUAUUUUAUUAUCAAAUGCGGUUAUUUGUCAUGAAAUCAUACGCAGCAAGACUUUAGACAAUUAGGCUAGUAGUCAUGAAUUCUGUACUGUACUUAUUCAAAUUUAUGCGUCCUUCCCUCCACCACAAAAUAGCUGUAACAAGGGUGAACGAUAAAAAAAUUCUAAAAUAUAAUCAUUUUAUAUUCUAAGGUUUUGACUGCUUGCUUAAUCAUUUUAUAAAUAUUUUUACUUUCCUGUGUACAUUGUAAAAAAUGCACAGAUUAGCCAGCUUUUUCUUUGGGUAACUGUGUGCUCGGGUUUCCAUAGUUUAAAUUAUUUAAAAUUAAUUUUCUGAAACAAAUAAAACAAAGUAAAACAAGAUUACAUUUGUAAACCUUAACAUUAUAGUGCUAAACUUACAGCCUUCAAAUUGCUAGGUGGAAUAUUAGUGUAUUUUUUAAAUGCAAGACUUUUAUGUUUUUGCCUGCUAAUAUUCUACAAAAUAUAAAAUGAAGAUGAUGCGUGAAACUUAGCUCAAUAAAACUCUAUUAGACCUUCAUCCAUUCCCUGUACAGGAUCAAUCUAUGGUUGAUAAUGCUGAAUUACAUUAUAUAGUUUAGUUUUUUUUAAAGUAUGGUGAUUUAAAAUAACAGAUGUAAUAUAGAAACUGCAUUAUCAAAACACAGUUCAUAUUGCAUUAAUACAUUUUUUUGUGGGGUUUAAAUACAUUUUAGUGUAGUCACAAUGUAUACAAUAGAAACAACAAAAAUACUAAGAAUGAAAAGUGAAUGAAGUGCAAAAAUACUUUAAGAAAGUUAGAUAAAAAUGUAUUCUCAGUGAAACUGCUUUGUUUGUAAAAUAUUUUCUGCUUUCUCUGAUGUGUAUGUGAUGCCAUUUUUAUGGUUCUAUAAAUAAAUAUGUUUU